AUGUUUACUGAUCAAUUCGACGAAUUAUAUAGUGCAACUUCUAAAUCAAAUUCUGUGACUAACAAGUCAGCUUGUACAAUGGAACAAACGGAUGGUACGUUUAACAGUAAUUUUCUCGGUGGAACUGCACUUGAAAAUCAUAAUACAAAUAAUUUUUGCACUUUGAAUUCUUUUUCGAGUGAUACCAAAACUGCUGAGACUGUUGACUUUCAACAGUUAUCUUUUAAAGAACUUAAAGCUCAAAUUGAAUCUUUUACGAUUGAUGUUCAUUUUUCUAAUAGUUGUGAUUUUAAAAAAAUAAAUAACAAAUAUUUAUUGAUUGAUCAAAUAUCCGUCUCGAAUUCUGCAGUUAUCUACAUCGCAAAAAAUAUAUCAAAAAAUACGCGUAACUCGUUAUAUUGUUUAAAAAUCUUUGUUUCUGAAAAAAGUAGCCAAAUGCUUGAAGAAUUGAUGCUAAGUUUAAAAGUAUCAAAACUUAAGCAUGUGGCAGAAGUAUACGAUUAUUUUUAUUACAAUACCCAACUUUGUAUUGUUAUGCCUUAUUUAGGAAUUAAUCUUUAUGAAUUCAUCAAUAUUUUUAACGGUGAAGUGUCGCACGAAUUACUUGUUGAGAUUUUCAGACAAGUUGUAAAAGCGAUUUUAGAACUUCACAAGAACAACAUUGUUCAUUGCGAUAUCAAACCUGAAAAUAUUUUAAUAGAUGUUAUGGCAGACAAAGUUGAAGUCAAUCUAAUUGAUUUUGGCGUCUCAUAUGAAAUUAACCAACUAAAACAAUUUAUAAAUAGUCAAAACCAUCCAGAUAAAUUUUAUAUACAAACCAGGCCAUAUAGAGCUCCUGAACUACUCUUGAUGACUUCCAUCAAUGAAACGAUAGAUUGGUGGUCAUUAGGAUGUGUUAUACUUGAAAUUUACGCUGGCAUGAGAGUUCCACAGAAAAAUAUAAAUGGUAAUUUUUUCUCUCAUCAAGAACAUAAACAGAUUCGUCGACCUACGAAUUUGGAAUCAGAAUAUACAACCGGAAGCAAUAAGGAUAAAGAUGUUGAAAAUAAACAACUCGUCCAGUACAAUUAUGAAUGUUAUGAUGAAUAUGAUAAACUUAUUGCUGAUAUUGAAUUUACAACUAAUUCUGUUCAAGUGGAGCAAGAUGAACUAAUGAAUAAAGUCGUUCAACUUUGCAGAAAUAUUAACACUAGAGAUAAAUUAAAUGACUCUAAAAAAAAAAUCUCGAUUAAGCUUGAAUCUAAUAACUCAGAUGAAAUCAAAACAAGCAUCACUAAUCAAACGUUUUAUCCGAAUGAAAAUUUUGAAAAAAUAUUUGAUAAUUUUGAAGAGAUGUUCGAUUCAUUCGAUGACGAUUCGAUGUACACAGAUGACUUAGAGUUUCCAGUGAAAAACCAAUUUUUUAAAGGUCAGGAAAAUGAAAGCAAAUUGAAAAACUUCAAUACUUUCGAUAAUUAUAUAAACAAUUUCGAACACACACGAAUAAUUACAGCUGGAACUCCAAAAGUAAUUAAAGUAUCGACUUACGAUGAAAUUCCAGUUCAAUCAUCAAUUAGAAAUUUUAGUACAAAGUUUAGAAAUGCCUCUGUUGAAAAAGAAUAUGAUUAUUUUCAAAAAGCAAAUGAGACAAGUUCAAAUAGCAACAUACCGUCAGUUUCUUUACUAAAUCAAGAUUUUACUAAUAAAAAAAAAUCGUCGCAGAAUUUAACCGAAAACAAUAACCCAAUAUUAAUUAACAAACUUGUUAAUCACGAUCAAUUUUUUACUACUAGCGAAGAUACACAGCUAAAAGAUUUAAAAUCGUCUAAUAUGACGGACAAUAAUCACUUGGUAAAUAGUUUAAUUAUGCAACCAUCUAGUCAAAAAGAAUUUUCUCAUGACAAUGAAUCUGUUUAUAUAGAUCGUCGCACUGAAAUAGAUAUAAAUACGAUAUCAAGGAUACCAAAUGCUCAAGAAGAAAAUAUAGAACGAGAUCAGUUUUCCGAUAUCCGUAUCUAUAUUGAAAUUUACUAA